AAGUGCUCGGUGGAGGUGCACAGGGCGCAUUCUAGCGGCGGCUACGGAGGCAGAGAAGGAGCUCACCAUGGAGCACGUGACGGAGGGUUCCUGGGAGUCGCUGCCAGUGCCGCUGCACCCACGGGUGCUGGGCGCGCUGCGGGAACUGGGCUUCCCAUACAUGACGCCGGUGCAGUCUGCAACCAUCCCUCUGUUCAUGCGAAACAAAGAUGUUGCUGCAGAAGCGGUCACAGGUAGUGGCAAAACGCUCGCUUUUGUCAUCCCCAUCCUGGAAAUUCUUCUGAGAAGAGAAGAGAAGUUAAAAAAGAGUCAGGUUGGAGCCAUAAUCAUCACCCCCACGAGAGAGCUGGCCAUUCAGAUAGACGAGGUCUUGUCGCAUUUCACGAAGCACUUCCCGCAGUUCAGCCAGAUUCUUUGGAUUGGAGGCAGAAAUCCUGGAGAAGAUGUUGAGAGGUUUAGGCAACAAGGUGGGAACAUCAUUGUGGCCACUCCCGGCCGCUUGGAAGACAUGUUCCGAAGGAAGGCAGAAGGCUUGGAUCUGGCCAGCUGUGUGCGAUCCCUGGAUGUCCUGGUGUUGGACGAGGCAGACAGACUUUUGGACAUGGGAUUUGAGGCAAGCAUCAACACCAUCCUGGAGUUGUUGCCAAAGCAGAGGAGAACAGGCCUUUUCUCUGCCACUCAGACGCAGGAAGUGGAGAACUUGGUGAGAGCGGGUCUCCGGAACCCUGUCCGGGUCUCGGUGAAGGAGAAGGGCGUGGCAGCCAGCAGUGCCCAGAAGACCCCCUCCCGCCUGGAAAACUACUACAUGGUAUGCAAGGCAGAUGAGAAAUUUAAUCAGCUGGUUCAUUUCCUUCGCAAUCAUAAGCAGGAGAAACACCUGGUCUUCUUCAGCACCUGUGCCUGUGUGGAAUACUAUGGGAAGGCUCUGGAGGCGCUGGUGAAGGGCGUGAAGAUUAUGUGCAUUCAUGGAAAGAUGAAAUAUAAACGCAAUAAGAUCUUCAUGGAGUUCCGUAAAUUGCAAAGUGGGAUUUUAGUGUGCACUGACGUGAUGGCCCGGGGAAUCGAUAUUCCUGAAGUCAACUGGGUUUUGCAGUAUGACCCUCCCAGCAGUGCAAGCGCCUUCGUGCAUCGCUGCGGACGCACAGCCCGCAUCGGCCACAGGGGCAGCGCUCUGGUGUUUCUCCUGCCUAUGGAAGAGUCAUACAUCAAUUUCCUUGCAAUUAACCAAAAAUGCCCCCUGCAGGAGAUGAAGCUCCAGAAAAGCACAGUGGACCUUCUGCCAAAACUGAAGUCCAUGGCCCUGGCCGACAGAGCUGUGUUUGAAAAGGGCAUGAAAGCUUUUGUGUCGUAUGUUCAGGCUUAUGCAAAGCAUGAAUGCAACCUGAUUUUCAGAUUAAAGGAUCUUGAUUUUGCCAGCCUUGCUCGAGGUUUUGCCCUGUUGAGGAUGCCCAAGAUGCCAGAAUUGAGAGGAAAGCAAUUUCCAGAUUUUGUGCCUGUGGACAUUAAUACAGACACGAUUCCAUUUAAAGAUAAAAUCAGAGAAAAGCAGAGGCAGAAACUCCUGCAGCAACAAAGAAAAGAGAAAACAGAAAAUGAUAAGAGGAGAAAAUUCAUAAAAAAUAAAGCUUGGUCGAAGCAGAAGUCCAAAAAAGAAAAGAAGAAAAAAAUGAAUGAGAAAAGGAAAAGGGAAGAGGGUUCUGAUAUUGAAGAUGAGGACAUGGACGAACUUCUCAAUGACACAAGACUCUUGAAAAAACUUAAAAAAGGCAAAAUAACUGAAGAAGAAUUUGAGAAGAGCUUGUUGACAACUGGCAAAAGAACAAUCAAGACAGCAGAUUUAGGGAUCUCAGAUUUGGAAGACGACAGCUGAUUCUGAUUCCAGUGCCACAGAUGAACCCACAAGGGCAUAGCUAUUCCCUAACUUGGUGGAUGGCUCCAGUUUGCUUUCAGUGGAAAUCAAAACUUCAGGAGACAUCUGAGAAGGAUCACAUCUCUGAAAGGUAUCCUUUCAGACUAGAGGAAAAUGAGGGAUUUCACAAUUGUGAAUAUUUUACUAAAAACAGUCCAGUCUUGGCCAAAGGUGGUGGCUCUUGCCUGUAAUCCCAGCACUUUGGCAGGCAGAUCACUUGAGCCCAGGAGUUCAAGAUCAGCCUGGGCAACACAGUGAGACCCUCUCAUUAAAAACAACAAAACAAAACAAUUCCAGUCUUGAAGUAUUCUAACAAAAGAAAAUGUAAAAUUAUUGGAGUGUAAAUAAUAGAAGUCAAUAUUUAUCAUGAUGGGUCACAUAGACAAUUAAGUCAUAUUCCAGGAAGGAGAAUUAGUCUUUGCGCCUUCUGUUGAAUAAAUGGCAUCCUUUCGAUUGCCUGUCUUGAGUGUGUAAAUGUAGCUGCACAAUGUUUUCCCCCAGAUGGCCUGAGGUCAGCUUGCAGUAUUGACGCAACACCAAAAUCAAAGUCUUUCGUAGAGUUUAUUUGAAAAGAUACUGAGUUUGUUUCCAAGUACAAUUUUAAAAAGCUGUUUAGGACCCAAACAUGUAAACAUCUCUUCCACACACAGAAUUUCAGUUUACAAAUAUUCCAGAAAGUAUUUUUGUAAGUGAGCCGUGUGGAGUACCAUGGCUAAAUGCGGCUUCGGACUUCCUCGUGUUCUCUUGGUACAAUUUUUGCUGCUUGGCUUGACCCUGUUCAGGAAUGUGCUCAUCACUGGAAGCCAGACGCAGAUUCGACAGGUGUUUCUUGCCUUUUACAAGGCACCACAUGUAACAUGUCCUGACUAGCCGUUGGUCAUUUGUUGCAGAGGGGUGUGGCUGUCUUUUGGCCUGCAUCUCGAGUGCUUUUGGUAAAUCAGUCGAGUGCAGGGGAGGAUGAAGAGAGGUGGACUUGGGUUCAUCUUUCAUCAGUUUAGUAGCCAAUAAUCUAACUUGUAUUUCUGGAAACCGAAAAUGAAAGUUUCUAGAAAGCCUAAGAACAAUUUAGGUUGGGUUUUGGAAUAACUGACACAUUCUUAGAUGGAAAUGCAAUGAGUAAGAAAGGUUCUCCAAGAUGGAUGAUUGAUUCGAAGUCCUUAGUCCAUAAAUCUUCAUUAAAACACA